AUGUAUACUGGAAUCAAUACUAACCUACUGGAACCAUGCUCAAAGAAUGAACCAACCCGAGUAUUAUUGCAAAAAGAUGAAGACACUGUUCGCUCACUUUCCAGGGAAAACAGCGUGAUAGUCUACGCAGAUGGUUCCUCUGAUAUAGACUGUAAUAGAGGUGGUGCUGGUAUCUCCCUCACUUGCCCCUCUGGAAAUGACGUCAAACUCAAAAUACCCACUGGCCAAAUUGCUUCGAACUUCACCAGCGAAUUAAUCGCUAUUAAAGAGGCUCUUGCCUAUUGUCACUCCCAUUCUCCAAAAGACCCAAUAAAAGAGAUUGUGAUCUUCUCAGACUCAAAAUCAGCACUCGAAGCCAUACAUAACGGUAAAACAUCAAUAACGCAAGAAAUUAAUAUCCUUCUCCAUUUACUAAAUGUCCGUUGCACUCUCCAGUGGACCCCAGCUCAUGUUGGAAUCGAGGGGAACGAACGUGCAGAUGCCCUUUCAAAGGAAGCACGCGACGAAGAUAAACCUCGAUCUGUCACCUGUAUAGCUAGGCUACGUACUAGACAUUUCAAAGGCAUGAAGAUCUCACGCACCAGUAUAAAAUCCUAUGCCAUCUGCAAGUACUGUCCUCAUUUGCAUUUUAGAGGACUCUAA